ACUCAGUGUUUUCCUUCAGAGGGGACAGCAGCCACAGCUGAGAUAAAGAUGCAGUUCAUGCUUCUGUUCAGUCGACAAGGGAAGCUCCGGCUUCAGAAAUGGUACGUGCCUCUGUCUGAUAAGGAGAAGAAGAAGAUCACCAGGGAGUUGGUGCAGACGGUGCUGGCUCGAAAGCCCAAAAUGUGCAGCUUCCUGGAGUGGAGAGACCUCAAGGUUGUUUAUAAGAGAUAUGCCAGCCUGUACUUCUGCUGUGCCAUCGAGGACCAGGACAACGAGCUCAUCACGCUGGAGAUCAUCCACAGAUACGUGGAGCUGCUGGACAAAUACUUUGGCAGUGUUUGUGAGCUGGACAUCAUUUUCAACUUUGAGAAGGCUUACUUCAUCCUGGAUGAGUUCCUGCUGGGUGGAGAAGCUCAGGAGACGUCCAAAAAGACGGUGUUGAAGGCCAUCGAGCAGGCUGACCUGCUGCAGGAGCCCCGUCAUGAGUACUUUAAUGUGCCUGUGUACUGAUUGGCUGCCAUCACUGCUGCUGCUGCUGCUACCGUCCUGCAUGCUGAGCUCCUCACCCGUCACUGUGAUGGUUCACUGGGGGUCGUAACAAUAUUCUCAGCCCACUGUUCAAUUUCCGUACGUGAAAGUCAUGAAACGAUGUCACAGCAGUAAAUUCAAAACUACAGUUAAUGAAAAUCAUUGAGUCUGGAUGAAGAGAUUAAUGUCUCUGUUACUGAGGAUUGAAAAUGCAUUUAAGCGGAAAUUAGUAUUCAGUUUGUUUAUUUGAUAAGAUGUAUUAAUAUAUAUUUUGUGUUGACUUAUUGUUACAUGCCUUUUAUUCGUACAUUUAUCGUUGGUUUCAUCGCACUAGUUGAGGUCGGCUGCACAUUGGACCAAUGGACAAAUAUUCCGGAAACCCAAGCAAAAGUCCCGAUGAACCGACAGCUUAAAAUAUUCACUCUUCAUGCAACAAACAGAAGCACAUGGCUAUUUAAUAUGCAGAAUGACAUCAUCAAAUGUUCAGAUUUGUAUUCCUCGGCAUGAACACAACAUCUUAAAGUAUCCUCAAACAACGUUUCGAAUGAUAUCCUACGAAAGGUUACUUCUCAUUUUUCGUGCGUUUUCCUACGAAAAUCGAGCAACGUGAAAGUUUUCCCUCAUUCCAAUGCGUACUGUCUUUCCAAAAUAAACUUCUGUCUUCACAGGAUCUAAGUUUGUUUGGGUUCAAAUAAGUGUCAUUACUGAAGUAGACAAGUUACGUGACUGAAACAUCAACAUCGACUUCAUGUUUUACAAGGGGAUCAAACAGCCGUCUCCUGAAAGAAAGAUGGCUGUUUGUUGGACUUGUCCACCUCCCCUUCCUCCACCCGGCGUGUGCUUUUAGCGGUAUUAAUACUUCCUUGUUCAUGAGAAUGUGGGUAACACAUGAAAAAUCUUCUUCGUGGCUGCAAAAAUAAGUCCAAUUGUAUAGAAGUCUAUGAGAAAAUGACUCUACUUCUCUCUUGAUUUAUUCCCUCAGUAAACAUUGUAAACAUGAGUUUAUGGUCUCAAUCUCUAGUUUCAAGUCUUCUUCAAUACAGCAUGAUGUUCAUUUAGUAAAUGAUGCUCCAUUUAGAGUCAAACAGACCAUAAAGCAGGGGAUGCUUUAGGGCGGGGCUACACACUGAUUGACAGGUCGACACCAGAGACGUAUACGGCGUCUCUACGUCACUCCUCCUCAGUCCCAAAAAACAACAACAUGGCGACGGGCGUAAUCCAAGAUUGCGUAAUGCUUCAUGACAGCAGUCCGAAAACCAACGGGUGCCAUAGAACCAUGAGGCGGUGGUGACAGGACGCUCCACUCUGCCUCUGGUUACUGGGUUGAGUUGGUCAGGUUUAGAUAUGAGGAGUGAGAUUCAUUUGAGGUUAGGAACAUCAGGGUGAGCCAAUCGAAGGAGAGUAGGGCGGCCCGGGUCACACAACAACUACGAUCACAAACAUGAAGGUCUGAUGACGUCAUUCUGCAGAAUAAUCAGCCAUGUGAUGCACGGAGAGUUUGUUUUUUUGGGAACAACUGGCAUUUGUUUUUAGGUAAACGGACGAUUGGGGUAUUAGAAUAAUGGGCCUUUGAGGUAACAGCAUGGCACCAGCUGAACGCCUCUCUUUAUUCUUACCGCUGUAAUAAAAAAAGCAAGUUUGCAUCAUGUGCCAUCAUGAUUUUAACUCAAGGUCCACUUACUAGAUUUGUAGUUGAGCUUUCAACCACUUGGCCUUCAUGGGUAAAGGGAUGAAAGAGUGUUGAGAUUGUUUUGAGUUAUAAGAGGAUUUCUUUUUUCCACGAUGAAGAAUAAAUCUUCAACAAAACCAUUUUAUUAUUUUAUUCUUUAACCGGAUAAGGUGAACUAGCUGAGCUAACGUUAGCAUCAGACGUCUGAUCUUAAGGUCUCAGAGAAACAAGCUGAUUCCGUUUAUUAUGCCAAGAGGUUUUCAUCGUAUGAGUUUUAUAUAUUUCAUAGUUAGUUCCGUCAUCGGUGUUGUUUCUGUAUCAUGUCAUUCUGUUACAGUUUUGUUUUAAGUAUUUGAAUCGUAGGUUUUGUGAUGUGAUUUGUAGGAUUUGUUUUUUUAAUCGGAUCAAACCCGAUCGUUCAGACCUGACGACAUAAUAACUUUUCAUUAUUUAAUUUAAUUUAAAAUCUUUUAAAUUAUUUAUAGACCCUGAUUAUAUCCUAUUUAUAUAAAUAGCAAAAAGCCCACUCUGAAGGUAAGUGGUAUUAGUGACAUUAAUGCUAAUGCUAAUGCUAACUCUAUGCACUGAUUAACGAAGGCUCUUCUGUCUUUGAAUGAUAAAAGCACACUUUAAAUCAUUAGCCUUAAAGGUUCUUUAUCUUAUACUAACGGACAAUGACUCUUACAAUGUUUUAAUGAUCUUUAGAUAUUCAUCUGUGUCCUACUGAGAAAAACAAACCGUCACGGUCAA